CCCUUGUUGUGUGUGUCGGUGCCUCCUCGCCAUCUUGUUGCAAAGCCCUUUCUUGUCGGCGGGACUCCCGGGGGCCGCGGGGCGGGAGGCAUCAGAAGGGAGGAAGAGAGGGAGGGGAAGAAGGAAAGCAGUGCCGCCCUUUUUUUUUUUGCAUCACAUAUUUUAAAAUUUGCAGAUUUAUAUUUUGCAAAUAUUCGGAGGGACAUUGAUUUUUCUCCCCGUGCUCCCCUGUUCUUCCCUGCGGAGUGCGCUGCGCCGCCCAGCCCUGUCGCCCCCCGGAGGUGAUCCCUCCCUCCUGCCUGCCCGCCAGCCUGCCCUGUGCCUGGCUCGCGGGCCGCAGCCUCGGCCCCGGCGCGCCCCCGGCAGCUCUCGGCGCGAUGAGCAUAGAGACGCUACUGGAGGCGGCCCGCUUCCUGGAAUGGCAAGCGCAGCAACAACAGAGAGCACGUGAGGAGCAGGAGCGGCUUCGCUUGGAGCGGGAGCGGGAGCAGGAGCAGAAGAAGGCCAAUAGCCUGGCCAGGCUGGCACAUGCCCUGCCGGUGGAAGAACCCCGCAUCGAGGCGCUACCCCUGCCUCUGUCCCCACCGGCACCCCCGCCGGCACCCCCACCACCACUUGCCACCCCUGCCCCACUGACUGUCAUUCCUAUUCCUGUAGUGACCAACUCCCCUCAGCCACUGCCCCCACCCCCACCACUGCCCCCCGCAGCCCAGCCUUUGCCCUUGGCACCUCGUCAGCCAGCCCUGGUUAGCACCCCUGGACUCAGCAUUAAGGAGCCUACACCCCUGCCCACCAGGCCGCAGAUGCCCACCCCUGCUCCCCUACUGCCGGACUCGAAGGCCACCAUCCCACCCACUGGCAGCCCCAAGCCUUUGCAGCCCCUCCCCACGCCCAUCCUGACUAUAGCGCCACAUCCUGGAGUCCAGCCUCAGCUGGCCCCCCAGCAGCCACCCCCGCCCACGCUUGGGACCCUGAAGUUGGCACCUGCUGAAGAAGUCAAAUCCAGCGAACAGAAGAAGAGGCCUGGGGGGAUCGGAACCAGAGAAGUCCACAACAAAUUGGAGAAGAACAGGAGGGCCCAUCUGAAGGAAUGCUUUGAGACCCUGAAGCGUAACAUCCCCAACGUGGAUGACAAGAAGACGUCGAAUCUGAGCGUGCUGCGGACGGCGCUGCGGUACAUCCAGUCCCUGAAGAGGAAGGAGAAGGAAUAUGAGCAUGAGAUGGAGCGGCUGGCGCGGGAGAAGAUUGCCACGCAGCAGCGGCUGGCAGAGCUCAAGCAUGAGCUGAGCCAGUGGAUGGACGUGCUGGAGAUCGACCGUGUGCUCCGGCAGACAGGUCAGCCUGAGGACGACCAGGCCUCCACUUCGACUGCCUCUGAGGGUGAGGACAACAUAGACGAGGAUAUGGAGGAGGACCGGGCGGGCCUGGGCCCACCUAAGCUGAGCCAUCGUCCCCAGCCGGAGCUGCUGAAGUCCACUCUGCCACCUCCCAGCACCGCCCCUGCACCUCUGCCUCCACACCCACACCCUCACCCCCACCCUGUGGCCCUGUCUCCUGCCCACCUCCCCGUGCAGCAGCAGCAGCCACAGCAGAAGACCUCUCUGCCAGCCCCUCCGCCCCCACCAGCUGCCCCUGCCCAGACACUGGUGCCAGCUCCAGCCCACCUUGUGGCCACAGCUGGGGGCAGCUCCACGGUCAUCGCCCACACGGCCACCACCCACGCUUCAGUCAUCCAGACUGUGAACCAUGUUCUGCAGGGGCCAGGUGGCAAGCACAUCGCCCACAUCGCCCCCUCGGCCCCCAGUCCUGCUGUGCAGCUGGCACCUGCAACACCCCCUAUUGGCCACAUCACAGUGCACCCUGCCACCCUCAACCAUGUGGCCCACCUGGGCUCCCAGCUGCCCUUGUACCCGCAGCCCGUGGCAGUGAGCCAGCCUGUGGCUGUGAGCCACAUCGCCCACACUCUCUCACACCAGCAAGUGAAUGGCACAGCUGGGCUGGGGCCCCCAGCCACCGUCAUGGCAAAGCCAGCUGUGGGGGCUCAGGUGGUACACCACCCCCAACUGGUGGGCCAGACAGUGCUUAACCCUGUGACCAUGGUCACCAUGCCCUCCUUCCCAGUCAGCACACUCAAGCUGGCUUGAGGAUGAGGCUACUCAGAGGCCCCCAGUGGGGGCAGGGAGGGGGACCUGUCCCCCAC